CAAAGCACCUUAGCAUGAGCAGAAGAAAAAAAUCCUCCCUUUCUCCUUUCUCCCUCCUCCCCCCUCCCAUGCCAGCUACAUUUUUGUAUGUAUAUCCUGUCUCUGUACACUACGCUGUAUCGAGCAAGGGUGCAGAAGGGGCUCGGUGUAGGCUGAGACCACAGACGCUGACUAUCGCUUGUCUCGUUAGGAUGCAAAGCCGGCAUUCGGGCAGCUUCCCCGAGUGAAACUGUAGCAGGGACGGAGCGAGGAAUCUGGCCUCACGUGAGCUGAUGUACCAAGAGGUGCCCGAGAGCUUCAUUCAAAGCAUUCCUGCUCCACUGCAGACCAGUAACUGCAAGAAAAGCCAUUUUAGAGCCCCAUUUACGUUGUUUACAAGCACUAGAAAGCUCAGCUUGACACAGCUUCCGACAGACAGCUUAGCCGACUGUGGACUUCACAGAGGGAAUCCCACCGAGAACAAGGCCAGGGCAACAGAAGGCAGAGCAAUGAAGACCCGGCUCGGAUGUCUGUCACAGAAAUCUGACUCCUACAGCGACUUCAGUGCUUUCCUCCUAAAUAAGCACGAGAAGCCCAUCAGGUGCUUGAAGUUGUCCACAGAGGAAGCCAUGCAAUGGACUGAAUCGUUCCGUGUGCUUCUAGAUCAUAAGUAUGGUUUAGCUGCCUUCAGAGCCUUCCUUCGCUCAGAAUACAGUGAGGAAAACAUUGAGUUCUGGCUCGCGUGUGAGGACUACAAGAAAACAAAAUCGCCCACAAAGCUGUCUUCAAAGGCAAAGAAGAUCUACUCGGAGUUUGUCGACGUCCAAGCUCCAAGAGAGGUGAACAUAGACUUCCAGACACGAGAGCACACCAGGAAGAGCCUACUGGAGCCAGACCACGGCAGCUUCAACGACGCCCAGAAGCGAGUCUACAGCCUGAUGGAGAGGGACUCCUACCCCAGGUUCCUCAGGUCCAAGGUCUACCGCGACGUGAUAAACCAGACCCAGAACAGCAGCCAAACGCCAAGGAGGUGCAGCUGAGGAGCGGCCUACAAGGCCAGGCCCGAGCGUCCUUCUCUCUCCUUCCGCAUCUGCGCUGUCCAACCCAUGAAGCUGUCGUAGAUGAUUGUCGCAGUGAAGAUCAGAAACCCUUCCUUGUGGCGCCCCCUUGCUCCUGAUCCAAUGCUCCAGCCGUUUUCAUGGAAUGCAGCUUUGCCCGACCACCAUCCACACCCCACAGUGCAGGCCUCCCAUCCUCAACUGUCAAGUCCUUUAAAGACUCUUGUAGCCGUCAAAAAGCAUGUCGAAAAAAGCUUUGCCUGUCCUUCAAUCUCCAAAAUUCAAUGGCAAUAGAAGAUCAAAAUACACAGGGUUUUAGUGCACAUUUAUUUAAGUGUUCAAUGUGAAAGCAAUAGUUUUAAAUCAAUUGCAUUAGUAUUUAUGAUACAAUGUACACCUGUCUGCUGAACACUAAGCAAAAAGACGUUUUUAUUAAGUGCAUCUCCAUGUCUAUAUUUAUCAACCAGCCCCCUUCAGUCUGAGUAUAUUUAUUAAUUGAGACAAUGAAUAAAAAGUGUUUGUGAGGAA